AUGGGCCAGAGUCCUGCCUGCGGUAAGCAUUGCUGCGAGAAGCCUGGAGAGGUUGCGGAGCUGGACAAGCCCAGCGAGGUCAUUGAUGUGCAGCAGGCUGUUGAGGAGUGCGUGAAUGAGGAGGUACCCGAUGAGCCGGAAAACCUUCAUAGCAAUCCACAGCUUCUGCCGAUCUAUAGAGAGCAGCGCUUGUCAGUGGCGAGCGCGGAGCUUCCGUUGCCCUAUCGUAUGUCGUUCCUAGACACAAACUCCUCGCGAGUUUCGAAGAGGGGGACGCUGGACACAGACACGACAAACAUGUCGAAGAGGAAAUCUCAAGACACCGACGGCAGCAAGGCUGUCAAACGUCAGCCCGAGGAAGUUCGACGGUCGGUGGAGAUACCCUCAGGCUGUUCGGGCGAGGCGAAGAUGAGUAGUGUAAAGCGCUUUCAUCAGCGGUCGGACAGCCGCCUCACCCGGCAUUUGUCGCGACGGUAUUCGGCCGUGGACGAGGAGAUCGUCCGCGGCAUUUCCCUUGCGAGGACGCUGAGAGGCACGGAUGCAAGCUUGCACCAACGAUACAACCCAUCGCGGCUCUCCCCAGAGGAUCGCAUGGCGAUAUACAACCAAUCCAUCGAGGCGGACCACUUCGAUGUCUUUUACUCCCACACCUGGUUUACUGCGGGCAGGUGGAAGGUGCUGACGCUCAUGUUGCAGUUUGGCUGGCAGACCGUCCUCUUGAUCUGGGGCCUAGCCGUCGCCGUGGCCACUCUACUGCGGCAGAUAGACGUGCUUCCGGCACCCCUGUCUUUCCAGCCUGACAUUGUCGACUUCAGCGAUGAGUGCCCGCUUGGGCCCUGGUGUCUCCUUUGCUCAUUCGUGGCUUCCUUGAUCGGCCUUGUCAUUGCUCCAUAUGGAGCUGGCCUCUACAAAGAUGAGCUUUGCUUCCUAGACGUGGCGAGUAUCCACCAAACGGACACGGAUUUGAUGGAAAGGGGAAUUUACGGCAUCGGCGGCUUCUUGAGAAUCUCCCACGAGUUGCGGAUUUUGUGGAGCCCUCCGUACUUGUCGAGGCUUUGGUGUGUCUUCGAAUUGGCAGCCUAUCGCAAAGUGAAUCCCGAUGGCAAGAUCACCUUCGCACCGCUUUUUGUCGAGCGAACGAUUCUUCUGUCGGUGCUUUGCGUUUACCUGGCGAACUUCUGCAUACUGGCAGCCAGCGCCAGCAGCGACUCCCAGUUCCUGGCGCGCUUUGGAUACAUGGCCAUGUUCAUCCCUUUCGGACUCGCUGUGCACAGUCUCAGAAAAAAUUAUCGAACGAAGUAUCAGCUCCUCUAUGACUUGGAGCAUUUCGUUCCUGGUCUUGCAUCCAGAUGUGUCUAG